AUGUCGACAGCACGAACUCGUGUGGGAAGAACCAGGACAUCCGGAGGUUCCCGGACCAACAAAAAGACUGGUGUUGAGCCUGACAAUGACCCAGAAGACUCGCUGUGUAUCAUUUGUACGGAAAAAAUUGUUUUUGCGGCAGUUUCACCAUGCCAUCAUACGACUUGUCACUACUGUGGUUUACGACAACGGGCUCUCUACGGGCGAAAGUUGUGCCUAGUGUGUCGUACGGAUAACGAGAACAACAUAUUCACAGAUCAGAUCGAAAAGUCCUACGAAAGUUUCAAUAAAAGUGACAUUUACGAAACCAACACAGACUAUGGUAUUAGCUUCACAUCGGUAACGGUUCAAAACGACACAUUGGGACUUUUGGAGUUUAAGUGUCCAUUAGACAAAUCUCACGAGAGCAUGAAAUCAUUCAAGGACCUUGCAGACCACGUAAAGACCGAACACAACAAAUUCUAUUGCAUGAUUUGCUCCAAGAAUAAAAAAGCAUUUGCAAGUGAACUUCCACUUUACACCCACAAACAGCUCCAGAGACACCAGACCGAGGGAGACAGCAAGGGCUUCGAUGGUCAUCCAGAAUGUAAAUAUUGCAGAGGCAACAGGUUUUACUCGGAAGAUGAACUCAACGUUCAUAUUCGAGAUAAGCAUGAGCGGUGCUACAUCUGCGACCAGCAUGAUGCCAAGAAUGCUAGCUACUACAAAAACUACGAUUCCCUUUACGAGCACUUUCGCCAGGCACAUUAUGUGUGUUCUGUUCCGUCGUGUAUCGAGAAGCGAUUUGUGGUGUUCAGAGAAGACUUAGACUUGACUGCUCACAUGCUCAAAGAGCACGGCGGACUUACAAAUGGGUCUAGGUUUGUCAUUGGAGCCACUGGACCUCAUUUCCAAUCUCAUCUCUCGACUUACACUCCAGCUACUUCUGAACGUCACAACGAUAGUAACCAGCACGAAAACCACGACUUGAAAAAGAAGCGAUUAGACGAACGAGUUAAGCACUAUGUCAACUACGACACAUCUAAAAUGCAAGAAUUCAAGCGUCUUUGUGCGGAUUACAGAUCCCUGAAAGUCACGGCUCAACAGCUACAAGAAACAUUUAAAGAGCUCUUCAAGCUGCAACAGAAAAACGAAGUAGGACUUAUUUUGUACGAACUUGCAGAACUCUUUCCCAAAGGUUCAGACAAGCACAAGGCUCUUAUGGUGGUGUACGACGUGCAAGUUACACACAACAAAGAAGACCAGUUUCCUGUUUUGAGUGGACUGAAAAAUGCAUUUACUGGUUCUAUUCAUGGCUGGAAUACUUUACAAAACUCAGCUGCUUCUAGCCAAGAAAGUUUUCCCGUUCUCCCCAAACCCAAGAAGAAGAAUGCUUCCGGCUCGGCAGCUCAGCCUAUCAGAUAUACUACACUCAAGAAACCUACCAAAGUUACUACGGUGAUCCUGAGCUCGCCUUCAACUGUGAACAAGAAUUUCAAACCAACUUAUCUCGACAACAGACGUACUGCAUCUUCUACAGCGUUAGCUUCGGAAAACAAAGAGCCACUUACAAGACAUUCUUCCAGUUCGCUGAACUUGGCGGACCCUCGGUUUCCAGCACUUGAAAAGAAAACUACGAAGAAAGUGUUUCCACGAGUAAAUCCCGCUCCUGCAACCAAUUCCAGUUCUUGGGGCCCAGCAUUGAACUCGAAGUCGCCCGAACCGUUGGACAACUCAGGAAUAGAAAUACUAGACAAGAGAAAGGUUAAACUGAAGAAAAAGCAGGAAAAGAUACUCUUCACUAAUAACCAUUAG